UCACCUUCAUCAAACACAUUAAUUACCGGCCUCUCAGCUUGGCAAGUCAAUUCUUGCGUUUUAAUCACAUCCGCCUCCUAUAAGUUAAAAGAAAAAAAAAGUUUUUGUACUUGUAAAGAGAUCUGCAAGAAAGAGUUUGAUUGCGUUGUGGGUACGGAAGAGAGAGAGAGGGAGAGAGAGAGAGAGACAGCGGAUGUUGUCAAACAGUUGCAGAGGCAAUUCAUUGACUUCUCAACUUCUCUUUAUCGCGAGGGUUUUGUGGAUGAUCAGUUUGCACAGUUACAGAAACUGCAAGAUGAUAGCAACCCGGAUUUUGUAGUUGAAGUUGUUUCACUUUUCUUUGACGAUUCUGAGAAGCUUGUCAAGAACUUGGCUGUUGCUCUUGAACAGCAGGUUGUAGAUUAUAAGCAGGUUGAUGCCAAUGUUCAUCAGUUGAAAGGUAGCAGUUCCAGCAUAGGUGCAAAACGAGUCAAGGACGUGUGCGUUGUCUUCAGAAGCUUCUGUGAAUCGGAGAACCAUGAGGGGUGUCUGAGAUGUUUGCAGCAGGUAUCCCACGAGAACAGUCUUCUGAAGAACAAGCUGCAAACGUUGUUUAGGCUGGAGCAACAAAUCCUGGCAGCCGGUGGGACAGUUCCCGUGCUAGAAUGAAAGGAAGUUCCCGUUGUUAUCAUUGAACCCUGCUUCUCUGACUACUAGAUUUAGAUCGAAUGUUGUCUGAAAAAUUACACAUUCGAUUCUUGCUCGUUUCCUUACAUCAUCUUCUCUACCCCGACGAUUGUAGCUGUUUCCGUUCAUCGAUUUCUUGUUUUGAUGUAAGAUUAAACCUUGCUGCUUUCUAGAAUUAAUUCAUCAUUCUGGAGUUGAAUCUUAGUUCUUCACCA